CCUGAGCGACAUCACCUACACGCGAGCAGCCGAGAUUACUCAGUGCUUGAUGCUGAGCGUGGGAGGCAAAGAGAUCUUCCGCUGCGUCAAGCCGGCCCGACCCGGAAACAAACCUUUUAAAAACACUGUGCACGCUGGUGAAGGGCGGAGGGAACUGAUGUGUGCGGAAGACGCCACGGCUUCUCCCGUUGCUAGGCGACGAGGCACGAACACCUGAGCGCAAGUCCGCGGCCGAGGCUUCCAGACUCCAGAAAAGGGGCGCGCGCCUUGCUCGGAACAAGCCCACCCGUUCGUAGCGCCGGGGGUCCCACGUGUGUGGCACUGUCGGGGGGGCCUGGGAGAGUGUUUGCGGGGCGCCUCCUCCAAGGCCACCGGGGCUGCGCGGUGAGACAGGACAGCGAUUCCUUCUGCUAUCAGAUGUCUUUCUACUUGACUGAAAUGCACCUCUGGUCUUUGAGGAAUACCUUACACAUUGGAGAUAGAGACAUCGGCAUCUACCAGUAUUAUGACAAGAAAGAUACAGCAGAGCUUGGUAACUUAGAAGAAAAGCAGAGGUUUGCAGAAUCACGAGAUUAUCCUUGGACGCUCAAAAAUAGACGCCCAGAAAAACUUCGAGACUCACUCAAAGAAUUGGAGGAACUGAUGCAAAACAGUCAGUGUGUGCUGAGCAAAUGGAAGAACAAAUAUGUCUGUCAGCUCCUCUUUGGUUCAGGUGUGCUUGUGUCCCUAAGCCUUUCUGGGCCGCAGCUGGAGAAAGUGGUGAUUGAUAGAAGCUUGGUGGGGAAGCUCGGCUCAGACACCAUCAGCGAUGCUCUUCUCACAGACAGUUUCAUCAUCUUAUCAUUUUUGGCACAAAACAAUCUAUGUUUCAUUCAGUUUACAAAGAAGAUGGAUUUGUCUGAUGUAAAUAAAAGACUGGAAAAACUCUCGGCCUUGGAUUAUAAGAUGUCUUAUUUUGAAAUACCUGGCCCAGUUAAUAGGACAACGCAACGUCAUCUAGCUAUCAACUGCAAUCAGGACAGAGUUGUUUGUUGGUGGCCACUGGUCAAUGAUGAUGCUUGGCCUUGGGCCCCAAUUUCUUCUGAGAAGGACAAAGCCAAUCUGCUUCUCCUAGGUUGUGCUCAAGGAAGACUUGAGGUAUUAAGUUCUGUUCGCACAGAAUGGGAGCCACUGGAUGUUUGCUUUCUCACCAAACAGCCUUAUCAGGUGGUCACAGUGGAACACUCUGUCAGCGUAGACCACGAGCCCAUGGCUGACAGCUGCAUCUAUGAAUGUGUUCGGAACAAAAUUCAUUGUGUAUCAGUCACUAGAAUACCACUAAGAUCGAAGGCCAUUAGCUGCUGUAGGAGUGUUACUGAAGACAAACUGAUUCUGGGCUGUGAAGAUUCUUCACUAAUUCUUUAUGAAACUCAUCAUGGAGUGACUCUGUUGGCCCAGGCUGAACUUUUGCCUUCAUUAAUAAGCUGCCACCCAAGUGGUGCCAUUCUGCUAGUUGGCAGCAACCAAGGGGAACUGCAAAUUUUUGAUAUGGCUCUAUCCCCUAUUAACAUCCAGCUCUUGGCUGAAGACCACUUACCCAGGGUGACUUUGCAAUUCAGCAAGUUAUUUGAUGUUUCCAGCAGCCUUGUUCAGAUGCAGUGGAUAGCCCCUCCAGCUGUUUCUCAGAAGCUUGAAAGUGGAAAUGUCUAUGACCUUCUCUUUCUUAGGUUGGACAGAGGACCCCUGGGUGUGCUUUUGUUUAAACUCGGCAUCCUCACUCGAGGACAGCUGGCCCCCAUGGACAUCAUCUUCCAGUAUAUUCACUAUGAUGAGAUCUGCAAGGCAAUAAACAUCCUGAGCAGCAUGAACUGGGACACUCUGGGCCAGCAGUGCUUUAUCAGCAUGACCGCCAUUGUGAAUCAUCUUCUCAGACAAAAGCUCACUCCACAGAGAGAAGCACAGCUUGAGGCAAGCCUUGGAACCUUCUAUGCUCCAACAAGACCGCUUCUGGAUACAACUAUUUUGAAAUAUAGAGACCAAAUCAGCAAGUACGCAAGGCGAUUCUUCCACCACUUGCUCAGGUACCAGAGAUUUGAAAAGGCAUUUCUCCUGGCUGUUGACAUCGGUGCUCGUGACCUGUUCAUGGAUAUCCAUUACCUCGCCCUAGAUAAGGGUGAAUUGGCACUAGCUGAAGUGGCAAGAAAAAGAGCUAGUGACAUUGAUGCGGAAUCAAUAACCUCUGGAGUCGAACUCUUGGGGCCUUUGGACAGAGGGGAUAUGCUAAGUGAUGCUUUUGUUGGGCUGUCUUUAGUUCCUCAAGGGGAAGAAUCACUUCCAGAUGAUCUUCCUUCCUUUGGAUCUGUCCACAGACAUAUUAUUCAGCAAAAAACACUGAAUGGUUCUUCUAACAGACAGGUAAUUGACAGAAGAAAUGAACAAGAAAAAGACAUCUGUGCUGAAUCUUUGAAGACCUGUGAUACAGAAGGAGAACUGAAGCACGACUUCAGAGGACAGGACCCUGGAGAUGGAGAAGGUGGUUCUCUCAGAAUGGUUCACUUUGGUUUGAUGAAAGACAGAAUAUGCAGCACAGCAUAACAGAAAAGCAUCAUAAAUCAAUCUUCUUAACCUACUUACUUUCAAUAAUAUACAAAUUUUGGAAACUAUCAUACACCAUUUGAUGCCUUGUAAGUAGAUUAAUUUGUUCUCUCUAGCAUUUUAAAUUUCCUUCCUCAUGUCUUAUUUACAUAAUUAAUUUACAUUUAAAUAAAGUAUUUAAUUUACAUGUAAAUAAAGUAUUAAGAAAAAUAUCACCUCAGACCUAAUGUUAGUAGGUCUAUGUGUCUUUCAAAUUAUUGCCAGGAUGUCCCCUGGAACACAGAGAUGCUAUGUCUGUGGAGCGAAGUGGAAGCAGGCUUACCACCUGUUAUGAGAUUUGAGCUCCUUAAGCUCAGGCUUCUGUCCUUGAAACAGCCCACAGUGUGCACGGUCAUUUGGCCCUUUUCACAUUGCUGUAUGGGAAUGUAGCUUAGGAAACAAAUGCAAAAAAAAAAAAAAGUUGACAUUUUGUCUACUGUUGUUGUAAUAAACACUGUCCUUUGUCUUUGAGUCUAGGAUCUGUUCAGCUAUAGUUCCAAAAUUUGUUAGCUUCAAAGUAGGCUAAAAUCUCAGACCCUAACAGUUUUUUAUUUUGGUGGAGGUGGGGUGAGGUAAGAAAGGAGGUAGUACUGGAAAUUGAACUCAAGGCCUCACGAUUAAUAGUGACGUUUCCAGUC